AUAGUACAUUUUUAUGCUGGAAAUCAUAUUCUACUGUCUUAUUUUUGUUUUAAUUUCGUACCAAAACAGACCGAUGUCUACUUGGCACCAGAAGGUAACACCUUGCAAAAAAUGAACGAGUUGGCUCCGUAUGAGGAAGAAAAAGAAACACGAUUCUUCUCAACAGAUUGCAUUGUAGCUUAUAACGUGACAUUAUGUGGGCGAAUUUUCACAAUAUUAGUGAGGGAACUAAGAUAAUCAUAAACGAAAACAACAAAACAAAAAAGAAUUUUAAUAAAACUAUUUCAGUUUUAACACAUGUCAUAACUAAGCGAAUAUUAUCCCUUUAGAUAGAAUUUCCUUUCAAAUGUAAAUUAAAUUUCUAACAUCCGCUUUCAAAAUGUCACCAAAAACCAGAGAUUAUUGAUAAGUUCAUAAAAAAAAGAUAGUCAAGUUUAAGUUGCCAUUAAUAUUUCCUAACCAGAGUUAGAAAAUAAUACCAGCCAAGUCAAGCAGCGAGGUAGACCUGCCCACAGAAAACUUGUGUUACACGGAAAAAGUUUUUUUUUUUUUUCUUCUAAUAUAUUUUUGAGCGUAGGAACGGAUAAGAAUGCAAUUUAAACUUUCGUCUUUUACCCGUUUACCCUGUUUUUAUUUUAUUCCACUGCGGAACUUCACGUGAACCUUACGAGUGAAAACGGGGCCAAUCAGUUAAAAAUUCAAAGCCAAAAGAGUUCCACUAACGCUUUCUUUCACCCGCAGCAAUUAUCAAGGAGUGAGCAGAUGACUAUAAUUUGCCGUAUUCAAUAUUCAAUUACCGUAAAUAUGUCAGUUAGGUAUUCUAACGAACAAUGGUCAAAACACCCCCCCGCCAAGUAAGCUGCACAAUAACAAUGUUGUUUAAAAACGUCCGCACUUGUUUGACUUCCCUUGUUGGCAAGAUAGUCAGCUUAAGGAAACCAUUGUUUUAACAGACCUCGCUCACCUGUUAAACAGGAACACUCCAAAGGUAACUAUCUACGCCAGCAAAUUCAAGGAGCUAAACACUUUGAUCUUAGGAUCAGUCCCACUAAGGAGAGUACAACUCAACAUGGUUCGUACAAUGCGUUCGUUCAACUGCUUCGCGUUUAUUGGUUUAUUAUGCUAUGCCGUUGUUCAAGCCCCAUAUAGACAGGGAGAUAUCAUGUUGGGUGGCGUCUUUAGUAUUCGCCAAGAAACGUCAGAGGGUCAUUGCGGGGAGAUCACCAAGAGAGUGGCAUACGCUGUCGCAAUGAUCUAUGCCAUAGAAAAUAUCAACAAUGACCCAAAUCUUCUUCCAAACAUUUCUCUAGGAUACGACAUACGGGAUUAUUGUGCCAAUAUCACUAAAGCAACCCGAAUCACCUACGAUCUGUUUCAAGAGACGUCCUGUACCAACGCUACACAGAGCAAAAUGGGAAAGAGGUCUAUCGUGGCAUUAAUCGGCCCAACCGAAUCUACCACAGCGCUAGUUAUCGCUGGAUUUCUUGAAAUGCUUAAUGUUUCAGCUAUGAGCACAACAGCAAUGAGUUCUGUACUCAGUUCUCAUACCUACAAACACCUAUAUCGAACAGUGCCGUCAGAUACCUUUUUAGCAAAAGCAGUUGCUGAUAUCAUUGAACACUUCAACUGGACUUACGUAGCUGCUAUUGGGGUCGAUGAUGCGUAUGGACGAUAUGGUGUGUGGUCACUCAUCGAGGAAGCCGGCAAUAAAAAUGGCUCAUUCUGUGUUGCUAUGACAAAAUUCAUACCCCAUCAUGGUGCGCAGAUUACAAACACUAAGGAUAUAGUUACAGAGCUCAGGCGACACGAAAACAUCAGAGUGAUCAUCCUGUGGAUGUACGGUGCCAUUCUGAGGAACUUCGUCCGGGAAGUCGGCCAACAAAAUCUCUCCGGGCGAGUUUGGGUUGUAAGUGACAUAGCCUUCUCUUUGAAUGUAAAUGAGUUCGCCCCUUCUAAUUCUGAAUUUUUGCCAUUCCAUGGGUCAAUAGCAUUCCAACCGCACGACUUUCAAGACGUAGAAUUUAAGGAAUAUAUGAAAGCUUUGCUGUCAAAUGGUACAAACAAGAAAGAUCUUCCGGAAUGGUGGAGCGACAUUUUGACGCUGACUAAGAAUUGCACAGCUGGUAAAGACAAACCUACUCAGCAAGAGAAUCACCGAAAAGAAUCAUGCGUACAAAAAAUUGUCAAAGAUUUGCACAGCUCAUACGUUCCAUUUGUAACUGAUGCUGUAUAUUCCGUGGCCCAUGCUUUGAGUAUUUUGACGCAAAAUACUAACUUAACUGAUGAGGAUCAGAAGAGAUCGUAUCUAGCAAAGGACGGCAUGCAAAAGCUCCUUUCCAGAGUUAAUUUCACUGGACUAACCGGAAACAUAUUUUUCGAUGACUUUGGAGAUAGGCAAUAUGCGUUCUAUGACAUUAUCAAUUUCCAACAAGUAAAACAAAAUGAUGGAACAGGACUAGAACAAGUUAUUGUUGGAAAAUGGCAGGCGAAAGAGGGGUUACACUUGAACGAAAGUAUUCGUUGGAACAGCCCAACCGGACGUUUUCCAAAAUCUGACUGCCUGGCACAAUGCUCGGCGGGCACAAGAAAAUCCACGACUUCACCCUGUUGUUGGCAAUGCAUUCCGUGUCCACAAGGUACAAUAAACUCAGUUCCUGGUGCUCAAACCUGUAUUAAAUGCCCACGAGGGAAAUGUUCCAAUGAGGCUAGGACAGCGUGCGUAGAUUUGCCUUUGGCCAAUUUCCAUUAUUCUAGUGCGGGAGGAAUUGCAGUUCUCGUAUUUGGUGCACUGGGUAUGUUUGCCACACUCUUUUCAUUUGCUGUUAUCUGCAGAUUCUGGAACACUCCCAUUGUAAAGGCAUGUAACAAGGAACUGAGCCUUGCUCUUCUAACCAUCAUUAUCUUGAUGUUUUUGCUGGCGUUUAUGAAUUUGUUUCAACCUACGGAUGCAAUUUGCAAGAUCAUUUACCCAUGGCGUUACAUAACUUACAACCUGUGUCUUUCCCUCCUACUGGUAAAAGUCUUGCGUAUUUCCAGUGCCUUCCAAGUUCCACUGGUACAUGGCUAUACAAUAACGUCUCUUCCUGAUGGAAAGCAAGCAGUGAUUGACAAUUAG